UCCGCGCCGCCGCUCCGCGCUCGUGUCCGCCUCGCGCCCGUGUCCGCCUCGCGCCCAUGGACUUCGACAGCAGGAUCUACCCGCGGAUCGGCGGCUUCGGCCGCUACAGUCGCGCCGUGGUCUCGCUCAGCUGGCCGUGCGGCUUCGCCGUGGCGCUCGCCUUCUUCUCGGACGUCUUCUUCACGCUCUUGCCGGACUCGUACCGCUGCCGGACGGACCCGGCGCUGCUGCCCGCCGCGCUGCCGCUCGGCAACCUGUCGGAGGCGGCGCUGCUGAACGUGAGCGUGCCGUGGGAGCCGGAGUCUGGCUGGAGCCGCUGCCAGCUCUACCGGUACCCGCGCAACUCCUCCGGCAACAUCUCGUCCGGCACCUCCGAGUGGUCGAGGCCAGCGGAGGAUCAUGUGCCCAGAGAAGCGGUGCCCUGCACCAGAGGGUGGCACUUCAGCACUUCGGCUGGGCUCCACUCCAACUACGUCACCGAGUGGAACCUGGUGUGUGAGAACUACUGGAAGGUUCCUCUGCAGCACAUCUGCUUCAUGAUGGGAUGCAUGCUGGGAUACAUCUUCAUGGGCACCCUGUGUGACAGACUCGGCCGCCGUCGGGCCUUCCUUGUCUCCGUGGCGCUCUCAGGCCUGCUGGGCAUGGCUGUGUGCCUGUCUAACGGUCCCCUCGUCUUCCUGCUGCUGCGUCUCUGCCAGGGAGCCAUGCUGUCCGGUAUUUUCCUGUCCUCCUACAUCGCCCGACUGGAAAUGUGCGACCCGCCCCACCGGCUCAUGAUGACCAUGAUUGGCGGGUUCUUCGCGGUGUGCGCCGAGCUGCUGUUGCCAGGGCUCGCGGCGAUGUGCCGUGAUUGGCCAGUUCUGCAGGCUGUAGCCACGGUGCCCCUCCUCCUGCUGCUCUCCUAUUGGUGCUCUGCAUCCAUCUUCCCGGAAUCCCCCCGUUGGCUGCUGGCCACCCACCAGAUCCUGCAGGCUAGAAAGUGUCUGGAAAACAUCUCGACACGCAACGGCGUGUGUGUGGGCGAGGAGUUGUACCCUGCCGAGAGCCUGCUGGCAGAGAUGGACGUGGCGUACCCCGAUGACUCUGAGCCACGGUUCCACCACGUCCUGGAGCUGCGCCACUCCCGGGUCAUCUGGAGGAACGGCCUCAUCCUCGGCUUCACCCUGUUCAUCGGCACGGGGAUCCAGUACUGCUUCACCAGAAACCUCCACGGCUUCUCGCACCACUUCUACCUGACCUACUUCGUGCGGGUGGCGACGGGCGCCGUGGCGUGUGCCCUCCUCUGCGUCACCGUGGAGCGCUGUGGUCGCAGGGGCGUCCUGCUGCUGUCGGCCAUCACCACGGGGCUGUCCUCCCUGCUGCUGCUCGCCCUCACCCAGUAUCUGCGCAGCGGCCUGGUGCUGGUGCUGUCUGUUCUGGGUCUCCUGUCCUCGCAGGCCUUGGCCAUGCUCAGCGUGUUCUUCGCCAGUGAGGUCCUGCCCACCGUCGUCCGCGGUGGCGCUCUGGGCCUCGUCCUGGCCGCAGGCUGCGUGGGGAUGGCCGCCUCCUCGCUGAUGGAGCUGCAGAACAACAGCGGCUACUUCCUGCACAACGUGGUGUUUGCGUCGUUCGCCGUGCUCUCCGUGCUCUGCGUCAUGCUGCUGCCCGAGACGAAGAGCAAGCCCCUCCCCGACUCGCUGAAGGACGGCGAGAACCAGCGGCGCCCGGCGUUCUUCGCAUCGCGACCCGGGCGCGACUCGCUGCCCCUGCUGCGCACGCUGCCCCACGACUCCCACUACGACCCCGACAGCUACUCGCGUCUCGUUUCCGCCACCAAGAAGAUGUUGGCCAAAGACAGAUCCUAUGGGCUCCCACCACCCCAGCAGCGCCCCCUGCUGGCUGUCGACAACGGGUUGCUAGACUGCCAGGAGAACAAGUUGCUACACGAGGACAACUCCUAGGACACCUCUGUCGCUGGAGAUGGGUCACUUACUGCCCCCAACCAAGAACACACACACACACACACACACACACACACACACACACACACACCCUGCGCACUUGCUUUCUGGAGCGUUGCAUUAUGGGGCCACAGUGUUGUUCUGCUCAUUCCAGCCUAGCCCUUUGUGUCUGGGAACUCGGGAGGGUGUGUGUGUGUGUGUGUGUGUGUGUGUGUGUGUGUGUGUGUCAAGCCUGGAAUCUCCCUCGCUGCUCCAUUCCUUUCCUGUUCCAGAAACACCGGCGACAGUUUGAUCAGCGUCCCAUGACACGGGCUCCUUGCAAGGUUGUCUUGUGACUCUCAUUCUUCAAUCGCCGCGCCAGUGUCUCACCGUCAGGCGUUUGCGCCGCAAAGGAAAGUAUUGUGACGACUAAUGAAUCGUUCCCUUCUUGUACUCCUCGAGGUACAGUAUUGGCCAGAGUAUCCCUUGGAGAGGACUGAGUGCACCUGUGUAGAAACAUCACACAUCGGGGACUGGGCUACAGAGCAGCCUUCGUUGUGAUUGUUCCUGACAGCAGGGGGCGCUAUUGUGUGCGCACACUUGCAGUCUGAGUGAGUGUGUAGGUGUCAGUCCUGUGGACUGCUGGAUGAGAUGCUCCUUCACGCACCCGCGCCCUGUUUGGAGCUCCGAGUUGAAGCCCAGUCUGGGCUGCAGAUCCCCUGCAAUGUUUGGAGGCCCCGCCCACAGGCCGCACGUUAAUCAUCCUCCAGAUGUUCUCGUAGGGCUCUAGGUCAUACAGAUGUUUUUACAGUUGUCGCUCCCUCUCAUUUGUGAACUGAUACUGUAUUCUUAUUUCAAUUGUCAUUUUAAAAAAAAAUAAUUUUGCAAUAAAAAUAUUUGGG